AUGGUAGAGAUGGAUAAUUUUACUUUUGGCGUGAAAUCUGUAGUUAGUGGUGGAUUAAAUCUUAAUUUUACUGAUCAGAUACUAGAAAUAAUUGGGCCAUUAUAUAAAUGUUGUUCAAAGUUUUCCCAAAAUCUAAGUGAACCCCUUGAAAAAAUAAAUAAACUAAUCACAUCCAUCCACUUUGAUCAAUCUGAUACUAAAAGAAGUAGUCAGAGGGAUCCUGUAAAUAACAUUGGACAAAGUGAAUUAGAUCCUGAAAUGUCUAAGAUCAAAAGUGACUGUAUUGAGUUAAUACCAAAGUGGCAGAUGAUCUUUACUGAAAUUGAAAAAAUAAGCUCAAAUCUAAAGACUUUUUCUCUUAAAAUGGAAGAUUCAGCAAAGGGAAUUAUAAGUGAAAAGAAGCAAGAGGUAGAGGAAAUAAGAGAGCCCUUACCAACACAAUUGGGUGGGAAGAAAUUCACCGCCAAUAACCUCAUUGACGUACUAAGAUACUUUCCAGUGCCCAUGACUGCUAAGAGGAAAGAGGAAGUGCAGUUGAGAAAGGAUGUAAUUUUAGCUCAUUAUCAAUAUUAUUCAGCUGUUAGAAUUCUGGAGGAUCUGAAACAACUUCCCUUUGAACAUGAAGUUGUUGAAUUGGUUAAAAGCGCAACUAUUACCCUAGAUAAUACUCAUAAAUUACUAAUUAACAAGUGUACUGAGUUGAUUCUCUUUAAUGAGUACUAUAAGAAGUUUAUUGAGGAAUAUUUUAUCGCUUUGGAUGAACCGAACUCAGCAUCGGACGACUAUGCCAUGGAAUUUGAAGCUAUGAUAUCAAGAGCAAAGAACACUAAAUUAGGAGUUGGAGCUGAAAUCAAAGAAGAAAUUGAAAGGUUCAAAAAGUGGACAGACGAAAUUGUAUCUGCUAUAAAAACGGUUAUACCCAAACAAGUCGAAGAGAAGAAAAGGAAUAGCAUGAAAUCUAAAUAA